AUGAACCGCCCCGUCCACCCGCAGGACGAGGUCCUCGCGCACUCGCUCGAGGACCCCGAGGCCUUCUGGGGCCACCAGGCCGAGCACCUGCACUGGCACAAGCAGCCCGACGCGGUGCUGGCGCGCAUGCCCAAGACGCUGACCAAGAGCGGCGUGACGCACGACCACUGGGAGUGGUUCCCCGGCGGAGAGAUCUCGACGUGCUACAACUGCGUCGACCGCCACGUGCUCGCCGGCCACGGCCACCACCCGGCCAUCAUCUACGACAGCCCCGUCACGGGCGCGAAGCGCACCUACACGUACGCCGAGCUGCUCGACGAGGUGUCCCUGCUGGCCGCCGUGCUGCGCGACGAGGGCGUGGGGCGCGGCGACGUGGUGCUCGUCUACAUGCCCAUGAUCCCCGCCGCCAUCAUCGGCAUCCUGGCCGCCAACCGGCUGGGCGCCGUGCACGCCGUCGUCUUUGGCGGCUUCGCGCCCGCCGCCCUGGCCCAGCGCAUCGAGGCGUCGCGCCCGGCCGUGGUGCUGACGGCCUCGUGCGGCAUCGACGGCAGCAAGCCGCCCAUCCCCUACCGCGACCUCGUGACCGAGGCGGUUGCCGCCUCGGCCUGGAAGCCGCCCCGCACCCUGGUCUGGCAGCGCGAGCAGCUGCGCUGGGAGCCCGUGCGGCGGGACAUGGGGGAGCGGGUGUGGAACAAGCUCGUCAGCUCCGCGCGCGCCAGGGGCCUGCCGCCCGCCGAGUGCGUGCCCGUCGGGAGCAGCGAGGGCGUCUACAUCAUCUACACGAGCGGAACCACCGAUUCCCCAAAGGGCGUCGUGCGAGACGCCGCCGGGCACGCGGUCGGGCUGCACCUGUCUAUAAGUUAUCUUUUCGGCAUACACGGUCCGGGAGACGUGAUGGCCUGCUUUAGUGACAUCGGCUGGGUCGUCUCGCACAGUUAUACUUUGUACGGUCCCCUCCUGACGGGCGCGGCCUCGGUGCUCUACGAGGGCAAGCCCGUCGGCACGCCCGACGCUGGGGCCUUUUGGCGCAUGGUGGAGGAGUACAAGGUCAACUCGCUCUUUACGGCCCCGACCGCGCUCAGGGCUAUCCGCAAGGCCGACCCGGAGAACAAGUUCUUCACCGCCGUCGGGGAGCGCGGCGGCCUCAAGACGCUCAGGGCGCUGUUUCUGGCUGGAGAGAGGUCGGAGCCUGCGAUUAUAUCUCUGUACCAAGACCUACUAAAGCGGUACGCGUCCAAAGACGCCCUCGUCAUCGACAACUGGUGGUCGAGCGAGACGGGGUCCCCGAUCUCGGGCAUCGCGCUGGUGCCGCACGCGGGCAAGCACCGCAAGGAGGGCGCCACCCAGGAGCGCCGCCACCCGCCGCUCGAGGUGCGGCCGGGCAGCGCCGGCAAGCCCAUGCCCGGGUUCGACGUGCGCGUCGUCGACGACGACGGCCGCGAGCUGCCGCCGGGCACCAUGGGCAACAUCGUCUUCGCCACGCCCCUGGCCCCGACCGCCUUCCGCACGCUGUGGGACGACGAGGAGCGGUUUUACAGGGGCUACAUGAAGCGCUUCGGCGGCCGCUGGCUCGACACGGGCGAUGCGGGGGUUAUCGAUGAGCAUGGUUACGUUCAUAUCAUGAGUAGGACGGACGACAUCAUCAACGUCGCAGCCCACCGCCUGAGCACCGGCACCCUCGAGCAGGCCGUGACCAGCCACCCGCUCGUGACCGAGGCGUGCGUGGUCGGGAUCCCGGACGCGCUCAAGGGCCAGCUGCCCUUUGCUCUCGUCACCACCAGCGACGACAGCGACGGCGACGGCGACGACGAGCGACUGCUCGCCGAGAUCCAGCAGCUGGUGCGGGGCCAGAUCGGCGGCAUCGCCACCCUGGGCGGCCUGAUCCGGGGCAAGGGGCUGAUCCCCAAGACGCGGUCGGGCAAGACGCUCCGCCGCGUUGUGCGCGACCUGCUCGAGAACGCGGCCGCGGGCGAGUUCGACAAGGACGUGGCCGUGCCGUCCACGGUCGAGGACCCGGCCGCCGUCGACGUGGCGCGGGACCGGAUCAGGGAGUACUUUGUGCGUAGGCAGAAGCAGGGCCAUGCCCCUGUUGGGCUCAAGGCGAAGCUUUGA